AUGCCUGAACGGCUUAAAAACCUUCGUCGAAUAUUUCAAAACCACAAGAAAAUUGGGAAAGAAGAAGCACACAUUGAUCAAGCGGAGGGCCAAAGAGAUAGCACGGCAAAUGCUAGACCAUCAACUAGUAGCGAUACUGCAAUCCAACCAACCCAGUUAAUUGAGACCUUCGAGCCACAAGACCUAUGGCAAGCUGCGUAUGACCAGCUUGAUCAGACACAGCAGCAGAUUUUGUCAAGCACACAAACCCCCUUCGAGUCAAAAGACAAGAAAGCUAGCUCGAGGGAGCUGAUCGACGAGAUAGUCUCGGUGACAAAGCAGCAAUACGAGGCAUACCAGCAGAAGUCAGACAAGACACUUCGCAAAUCUUCGCGGAAGAUCAUCAAUGCGUUACUUUCCUAUAAGGAAACUAUCAGUGCGAUUGCGGGAAUUGACCUUACACAACAUGCAGCCGCUGCUUGGGCGAUCGUGUCGCUUGCUUUAGAAAUUCCCCAAAACCACCACGACGCUCGAAAUGCAUUGUUUGAAUCCUCGGAGUACCUUGCCGAUGUCAUUACACAAUGCACCUUCAUCGAAAAGACAUUCUACCUCAACGGCGAUUCAGAUAUUCGAGGUCAUGUGGAAACCGCAAUGAUCAAAAUUUACAAAGCUAUUCUACACUAUUCAGGACAAAUUCGGAAGGCCCAAAAGCCUGGCGUCGGAAGAAACCUCGCAGACUGUUUCACUGCUAUUACUGGGCAUCCACUCACGGUGCUCAAAUCCUCAGUCGAGACAGAAAGAGAUAAUUUGCGCCGGUGGAUUGAGCUUAGUGGAUACUUACACCAUGAGAAGGAGGCAGAAAACAUCCUUCUCAAAAUCGAUGAGCUUGGCGAGUCCCUGAAGCUUCUUCUGGAACAGUCUAGCCUUACGCAUCUACAUGUUGUGGAGGGAGCAUUAUAUGACUCUUAUAUUCAUGAACAUGAGGAUUUUUGCCUUCCAGGGACCAGAACCGAGCUUCUUUCCCGCAUUACAGAUUGGGCGAAGUCCGAUGACGAAUUCAUUUUCUGGUUGAAUGGGAUGGCGGGGACCGGGAAGUCUACCAUUGCACGUACAGUUGCACAAGGGUUCGAAGACCGAGGACUGCUUGGUGCGACCUUUUUCUUCAAGCGGGGCGAGCCCGACCGUGGUAAUGCGCGAUACUUGAUCACAAGUAUCGCAGGACAGUUGGUUAUAAGACACAGACAAAUGGUGUCUGAAGUCUUGGACGCCAUUAAGACUGAUCCGAGAAUUACAUCAAAGUUUCUGAGAGAUCAAUUUGAUCGGCUUCUCUAUCAGCCCCUUCUGAAGCUUCAAACAGACCAAUCUACCACGAUUGUGAUCGUAAUUGACGCCUUGGACGAAUGUGAUGGAGACGAUGAUAUAAAACUCAUACUUCACCUAUUGUUCAAAUUACAAGGUAUUCAAUCGGUGCGCUUGCGAGUAGUCUUGACAAGCAGACCUGAAUUCCCGAUCCGUCUGGGUUUCCAGAAGGAAGAUAACUACCAGGACAUAGUUCUCCAUGAACUUCCCGCUCCUGUAAUUGAACACGAUAUUCGCCUGUUCCUGGAAUAUAAGCUUUCAGCAAUACAACGCGAACAUUCACUUCCCUCUUACUGGCCUGGGAAUGAGAAGCUUGAGCAAAUGGUUCAGAUGGCGCUGCCUUUGUUUAUCUUUGCGGCUACUCUUUGUCGCUUUGUUGGUGAUGAAGACUGGCUUCCGGAAGAGCGUCUCACAGCAGUUCUUCAAGAUAAAGCAACAACGUCAACAUCCGACAUGGACAGGACAUAUCUACCAGUUUUGAACCAGCUUCUUACUUCGAAAGAUAAGAAGGAAUUUGAGCAACUCUUAUAUGAGUUUCAGAAUAUCAUCGGCGUGAUUGUUCUUCUGGCUACCCCUCUUUCAGUUGUAACUCUUGCGCAAUUGACUAGGAUACCGAAAGAGAAGAUUACCAACCGAUUAAAGAGAUUUCAUUCUGUGCUUAGUGUACCAGCGGAUCCUGAAGCACCAGUUCGUAUUCUGCAUCUUUCAUUUCGAGACUUCUUAAUUCAUACGGAAGGUGACUUUCGUAUUAAGGAGGAGAAUACACAUCGACAGAUAGCAUUGAACUGUCUUCGUGUCAUGAACACUCAGCUCAAGCAUAAUAUCUGUGAGCUAGCAGGUUACGGAAUUCAUAACGAGGAUAUCAAUCCUCAGAUAAUCAAGCAGCACCUCCCAGCUGAAUUACAAUACUCCUGCUAUCAUUGGGUAUAUCAUCUGAAGCAGAGCCAGGGUGGUAUCUCUGAGCCUGAAAUUUUCUCUUUUCUUGAAAAGCGGUUCCUUCACUGGUUAGAGGCACUAGCUUUGAUGGGGAAAAUAGCCGAGGCGGCAAGGAUGAUAGAGGCAAUAGAGUCAAGUAUACAGAAGAAUGAUCAUCCUGCUCUUUCGGACUUUCUAUAUGAUGCAAGAAGAUUUACUCUCCAAAAUGCUUAUAUGGCUGGCAUUGCUCCAUUACAACUCUACUAUGCUGGGCUAGCGUUUGCACCAGCGCAAAGUAUUAUCAAAGGGACAUUUCUAGGCGAAAUAUCAAAAAAGAUACAGCCGCUACCAGCAGUGAUGGAUUCUUGGAGCACAACUCUACAGACAUUAGAGGGCCAUUCACAUUGGGUUACUUCAGUGGCAUUCUCUCCGGAUGGACUCACCCUAGCAUCGAGCUCAAACGAUAAUACCAUCAAGCUCUGGGAUACAACAAUCAGCAUACAGCGGCAGACGCUAGAGGGCCAUUCAGGUUGGGUUAGAUCAGUGGCCUUUUCUCCCGAUGGACUCACCCUAGCAUCGGGCUCAGAUGAUAAAACUAUCAAGCUCUGGAAUACGGUGACUGGCAUACAGCGGCAGAUGCUAGAGGGCCAUUUAGGUUCAGUUAGCUCAGUAGCCUUCUCUCCUGAUGGACUCACUCUGGCAUCAGGCUCAGAAGAUAGAACCAUUAAGCUCUGGAAUAUCGUGACUGGCACACAGCGGCAGACGCUAGAGAGCCACUCAGGUUGGGUUGAAUCAGUGGCCUUCUCUCCCGACGGACUUAGCCUAGCAUCGGGCUCAAACGAUAAUACCAUUAAGCUCUGGGAUACGGUGACCGGCAUACCGCGUCAGACCCUAGAGGGCCAAGGUUCAAUUAACUCAGUGGCCUUCUCUCCUGAUGGACUCACCCUGGCAUCGGGCUUAAACGAUAAUACUGUCAAGCUCUGGGAUACAGCAACCGGCAUACAGCGGCAGACCCUAGAGGGCCAAGGUUCAGUCAGAUCAGUGGCCUUCUCUUCUGAUGGUCUCACCCUGGCAUCGGGCGACGAUAAAACCAUCAAGCUCUGGAAUACAGUGACUGGCACGCAGUGGCAGACGCUAGAAGGCCAUUCGGAUUGGGUUAGAUCAGUAGCCUUCUCUCCUAAUGGACUGAGCCUGGCAUCCGGCUCAGACGAUAAAACUAUCAAGCUCUGGAAUAUAGUGACCAGCACACAGCAGCCGAAACUAAAGGGCCAUUCAGAUUGGGUUAGAGUAGUAGCCUUCUCUCCUGAUGGACUCACCCUGGCAUCGGGCUCAGACGAUAAAACCAUCAAGCUUUGGAAUACAGUGACUGGCACGCAGUGGCAGACGCUAGAAGGCCAUUCAGAUUGGAUUAGAUCAGUGGCCUUCUCUCCUGAUGGAUUUACCCUAGCAUCGGGAUCAGACGACAAUACUAUCAAGCUCUGGAAUAUAGGGACAGGCACACAGCAGCAGACACUCAAGGGCCACUCAGGUUACAUUAGAUCAGUGGUCUUUUCUCCUGAUGGACUUAUCCUGGCAUCAGGUUCAAACGAUAACACUGUUAAGCUCUGGGAUACGGCGACUGGUACGCAGCGGAAGACGCUAGAGGGCCAUUCACAUUUAGUCAGAUCAUUGGCCUUUUCUCCCGAUGGACUCACCCUGGCAUCAGGAUCGGACGACAACACUAUCAAGGUCUGGGAUACGGCAACCGGCACGCAGCGGCAGACGCUAAAGGGCUAUUCAGAUUGGGUCAGAUCAGUGGCCUUCUCUCCUGAUGGACUCACGCCAGCUCUCGAAAAAUGUCAUGAUAAUUCCCGAAUAUCAUUAUCGAGUAACUGGGUCAGUCUAGAAGGUAAAAGCUUACUAUGGCUCCCUGCUGAGUAUCGUUCAUUUGUAUGCCAGGCUAUCAACAAUGCUACACUUGCACUUGGGUAUGAGGAUGGGCGUGUUUUGGUUACAGGAUUCCAUACAUCAUAA